UCGGACAUGGACGAUAUCCUUCAACUCUGGAACGAUCCUUUGGUAUUACCAUCGGCGACGUCUGAUACCGUCGUUCCUCACUCCCCCAAAUUCAAAGACGUCCUCAGAGAAACAUUCGAAAAAGCCGCCAUAUGGGUGAUCAUCACACUAAAAGAGACGGGCGAGUUCAUGGGGUACAGCUGCAUUCACAUCAUCAUGCCCAAGAACCGGAAUGGGAUGUUUGGGGUAUGCCUGUUACCGCAGUAUUGGGACAAGGGCUAUGGGACGGAGGCAAGCAAGUUUGUGGUGGAUCACUCGUUUAGGUGGUUGAAUUUGCACCGGGUGUCGUUGGAUGUACAUGGGGAUAAUCCGCGUGCUAUUGCGGUUUAUCAGAAACUCGGCUUUGUUGUAGAAGGACGGAUACGAGAGGCGGUUUGGAAGGACAAUGUAUGGGUAGAUAAUUUGAGCAUGGGCGUACUUCGAACUGAAUGGGCUGCUCAACACUGGAAGAAAUGAUGGAUGCUUAUCUUAUCUUACUGUCGCACUAAUGCUUCGCUUGACGUUACGUAAUACCGAUCUGACUCGACUUUCGUAUCAAUA